GGUGAUUCUAUCACACCAAAUCAGCUUAGCAGAGCACGAGAUCUACUUCUGAGGUUUUAUAAAGACUUUGCAGAGCUGUAUGGUAAUUUGUUUUACUUCACACUAACAUUAAUUUUACAGUUAAAGGACAUAAUGCAAAGCAGCUUGAAUACAGCAGUGAUCAUUAACCAUAAAUGUAUUGUGAUAUUUUGCAAAAAAAGACUCCAUUGGGCAUAAAAACCCUAGAAUUUGAUUGCCAAGUUUAGUUCAACCUGUAUGGCUCUCUAUUUCUUCACUGAACACGUAUUUGAACAAAACAUUUGACUGACUCCUGCAUAAACAAAUUAACAUUCCAUGAUUCUAGAAACAUCUGUCAGAGUGAUGACAAUAGGUUAAAUUUGUAUGAACUCUGGAUAUAAAUUUAAGUUGCAACAUGUAACAGUACCCAUUUAUACAAUUCAUGAUUGUUGAAAAAAAAUAUGUUACUGGUGAAGGUACUUGUGGCUUAAAUGUGCAUAAUGCUGGCCAGCAUCUUGCUGACUAUGCAGAGGGAUGGGGACCACUAUGGGCCUGGUCCACCUUUGGGUUUGAGGAUAUGAAUGGGACCCUGAUGGAUUUUGCACAUGGAACAGGAAAUGUUUGUCGUCAGCUGAUCUGGAUGUUGCAUGCACAAAGGCGACUUAGAUGUGAUGUCAACUUGAUGGAAAACUGCUCAAUAAAGCAAUUUAUUGAGUGCAUGCUUAGCACAAAGAGACCACUUCGAAGCCUGAAGAAGGCAAAUGAUUGUCAAGUAGCUGGUGGGACAAAGAAGGUACAAAACCUACAACAGCCAAUUGGUGAAGCCAUCACCAGAAUACUAGGAAGUGAUGCU